AUGCAAGUUAUUGAGGUUGUUAAGGAUCUGGUGAAGACAGAGGAGCAGAUUACAGCAGAGCAGGCCUGGUACGGAUCAGAGAAGGUCUGGCUUGUUCACAAAAAGGGUUUCUCUCUCGCCACUGUGCUGAAGACAGAGUGUGGCUCACUCCCCGAGGGAAAGGUGAAGAUCAAGCUGGAGCAUGAUGGAACAAUACUGGAUGUGGAUGAGGAUGACAUAGAAAAGGCCAACCCACCAACAUAUGACCGCUCAGAGGACCUGGCUUCACUCGUUUACCUAAAUGAGUCCAGCAUGAUGCACUGCUUGAGGCAGCGCUACGGAGGAAACCUCAUCCACUCCUUCGCUGGACCCAACAUGGUCGUUAUCAACCCUCUCAGUACACCUUCUAUGUAUUCUGAGAAGGUCAUGCACAUGUUCAAAGGCUGUCGGCGGGAGGACACUGCCCCUCACGUCUAUGCCGUGGCCCAGUCAGCCUACCGCAACCUUCUCACUACCCAGCAGGAUCAGUCCAUUGUGCUUCUGGGGAAGUCUGGCAGUGGUAAAACCACCAACUGCCAGCAUCUGGUCCAGUACCUGGUCUCUAUAGCUGGAAGCACGGGCAAGAUCUUCUCUGCUGAGAAGUGGCAGGCGGUCUACACAAUCCUAGAGGCCUUUGGCAACUGCUCCACAACCAUGAACAUGAACGCCAGCCGCUUCUCUCAUGUUGUGUCCCUGGACUUUGAUCAGGCUGGACAGGUGGCUUCUGCCUCCAUCCAGACCAUGCUGCUGGACAAACUGAGGGUGAGCAGAAGACCUGAAGCAGAGUCCACCUUCAAUGUGUUUUACUAUGUGAUGGCUGGAGCUGACGGCGCUCUGAGAACGGAGUUGCACCUUAACCAGCUGAAUGAAAGCAGUGCUUUUGGGAUUCACUCACACUCCAAGACUGAAGACAAGCAGCGGGCCUUGCAGCAGUUCACCAAGCUGCAGGCGGCCAUGAAGGUGCUGGGCAUUUCUGUGGAGGAACAGAGGGCUCUCUGGCUUAUUCUAGGAGCCAUUUAUCACUUAGGGGCCGCAGGAGCCACUAAAGCAGACGAAGAUGAAGGUAAUGGAAUGAGACUUUUCCUCUUACAACAGUUGGUUUUAGAAUCUGUAGGGCUUUCUCUGCCCUGAUUCCCUCCUCAUUUGGUCCAAACCUUCAUUUGUUUGCAUUUUCAUCUUCUUCCUCCUAAUCUGCUUUUCCUUCUAUCUAGUGUUUUGUGUGUUUCUGCCAUGUCACACAGGACGAAAAAUGGGAUUUUCGUCAGCUAUUGACACAUUGUUCUGCCGU